GAGUGGGCUCAAGAAGCUUUCUCCACAGCAUCGCUCUGGCCAUUUCCUCCGUUAACUAAUCUGUUCCGCUUCUGUCGCUUCGACGCCACGGGAGGGAAUCCCCGCCGCCAAUCCGGUAGCUGAGGAAUCCUGGGUCCUCCCCAGCGAAAUUCGUGGCGGACCUGAUCUCAGCUCGAAGAUCUGUAGUAGCGCUCUCUGUAUCUCCCGCCGCCGCGCGUUGAAAUUCAUGGUUGUUCUUCAAGCUCCGGCUCUCGAGGCAUUCUGAUUCGGAAAUCGCUUCUUCCUGGAGUCAUAGGAAUCAGCUAUUCCGCAAAGAUUGUGCUUUUCACUUCUGUUGGAUUCUUCCGUUAGAGCGGCGGCCUCUCCGGAGAUGACGACCGGGGCCGUCACGGAGAGCUUCCCGGAGAGCAGCGAGCCGCUGCUCCCGACGAAGCGGCGAUGGGAGGGAGAGGACGGCGGCGGCGACGAGGCCGCCUUCCACGAGUUCAACGGCGCCUCCUUCGCCGGCGCGGUGUUCAACCUGUCCACCACCAUCGUCGGCGCCGGCAUCAUGGCGCUGCCGGCGACCAUGAAGGUGCUCGGCCUCGUCCCUGGGCUGGUCAUGAUCGUGCUCGCCGCCUUCCUCACCGACGCCUCCGUCGAGCUGCUCAUGCGGUUCAGCCGCGUCGUCGGCGCGCCGUCCUACGGCGCCGUCAUGGGGGACGCCUUCGGGUGGUGGGGAAGGAGGCUGCUCCAGGUCUGCGUCGUGGUCAACAACGUCGGGGUCAUGAUCGUGUACAUGAUUAUUAUAGGUGAUGUGCUUUCUGGAACGUCCUCUGGUGGUGAGCACCACUAUGGUGUAUUAGAAGGAUGGUUUGGUACACACUGGUGGAAUGGGCGAUUCUUUGUUCUCCUGGUUACUACUCUCGGUGUAUUUACUCCACUAGCGUGUUUCAAGCGUGUCGAUUCACUGAGCUAUACAUCCGCCAUAUCUGUUGCUUUGGCAGUUGUAUUCGUUGUUAUCACUGCCGGAAUUGCUAUUGUGAAAUUGAUACACGGACAAAUUCCGAUGCCCAAAUUGUUCCCUGCAGUUCCUGAUUUGGCAUCUGUCUGGGAACUUUUCACAGCAGUGCCAGUUCUUGUCACUGCUUAUGUUUGUCAUUAUAACGUUCACCCAAUCCAUAAUGAACUCAAGGAGUCUUCCCAGAUCAAGCCAAUAGUGCACACAUCACUGGCUCUAUGCUCAACUGUUUAUAUCACAACAAGUUUCUUUGGAUAUCUUCUGUUUGGUGAAUCUACACUCGCUGAUGUGCUCGCUAACUUCGAUUCAAACCUCGGCAUUCCAUAUAGUUCAGUUCUUAGUGAUGCUGUCAGAGUCAGCUAUGCUAUCCACCUUAUGCUCGUGUUCCCCAUGAUAUUCCACGCACUGCGGCUUAAUCUGGAUGGGCUUCUCUUUUCCUCUGCAAGGCCCUUAUCUUCUGAUAACAGAAGGUUUGGUGUAAUGACAGUGGUGCUCCUCCUUGUGAUUUUCAUAUCCGCAAACUUCAUUCCUAGCAUCUGGGAUGCCUUCCAGUUUACCGGGGCUACUGCUGCUGUUUGUAUUGCCUUCAUUUUCCCAGCUGCAAUCACUUUAAGGGAUCCACACAGCAUAGCGAAAAAGUGGGACAAGAUUCUGGCCAUCUUCAUGAUUGUUCUUGCAGUCACUUCGAACGUAGUAGCAGUGUACAGUGAUGCAUAUUCGAUAUUCCACAAGAAAAGUGCCUCCUCCAAUGCCUGAGCUGCAUAACCUAUAGAGGAGUCAAGGGUGAAGGGUGAAUUGAUAUGAAUGGUGGUUUGUACAUUACUUAGUCAAUAAGAACAUCAUUUAAGAGGGUGCUUGUGGAUCGGCUUUGCGAAUUAUUUGGUGGACCACCGUCGACUCAAUUGUGUUGAGUCGGAUGCUUGUAUCUAUGGGAUGGAUGUGCAAAAUUCGGACAAGGUUCUUUUGUGCAAUGUACAUUACAAGACAGUCCUGUCAAAUGUGAGAUUACAGUUAUUACGGUGACAUGUAAAUGGUUGUUUUUGCUGUUGCAAGGACAUUGUAUUCGUUAUCAGAUACUUAUUGGAAUAAUGAAUUCUAUAAGCAGUGUGCUUAUUGCUUAUGGUA